AUGGAAGGUUCCAUUCAGGCACCGCUGGAAUCUUCCAGCAAAACUGCUGGCCAAGUCUCCUUGGCAGCAGCCCUGAGCGAGAACCCGCGCUUCAUCGAGCCAAUCCCCAACGUGACGGUGGCGUUGGGGCGCGACGCUUCUCUGCCCUGCGUCAUCGAGAACCUGGGCAGCUACAAGGUGGCGUGGAUCCACAUCGACCGGCAGAUGAUCCUGACGAUCCACCGGCACGUGAUCGCGCGCGUGCCGCGCUUCAGCGUGUCGCACGACAACCAGAAGACGUGGCUGCUGCACGUGAGCGGCGUGCAGCAGGAGGACCGCGGCUACUACAUGUGCCAGGUCAACACGGAGCCCAUGAUCAGCCAGGUCGGCUACCUGCAGGUCGUCGUGCCGCCCAACAUCCUGGACGAGGAGAGCACCCCGUCGUCGGUGGCCGUCAGGGAGAACCAGAACAUCACGCUGACGUGCAGGGCAGACGGCUUCCCGGCCCCCAAGCUCAUGUGGCGGCGGGAGGACGGUCAGGGCAUCAGCAUUGACCGCCGGAAGAAAGUGAACGUGUACGACGGCGAGCACCUGAACCUCACGAGGAUCAGCCGCACGGAGAUGGGCGCCUACCUGUGCAUCGCCACCAACGGCGUGCCGCCCUCCGUCAGCAAGAGGAUCAUCGUCGACGUCGAGUUCUCGCCGAUGAUCUGGGUGCCGAACCAGCUGGUGGGCGCGCCGGCCGGCACUGACGUCACCAUCGACUGCCACACGGAGGCGUACCCGCGCGCCAUCAGCUACUGGGUGUACGAGAGCGUGAUGCUGCUGCCCACCAAGAAGUACUCCACCGAGGUGGCCGAGAACAGCUACCGGGCGCACAUGAAGCUGACGGUGCGGCGCCUGGGGCCGGGCGACUUCGGCAACUACCGCUGCAUCUCCAAGAACUCGCUGGGCGAGACGGAGGGCUCCAUCCGGCUCUACGAGAUCCCGAUGCCGUCUUCUCCGCCGAAGGCCACUGAGGUUCGGAGUGGAGCUGGGCAGGAGGAGAAGCCGGCCAGGCGCGACUCCAACCAGGCCGCGGACGACCACGUCCGGACGCCACCGGGCUCCGAGUCGUCGGGCGACCAGCUCGGGGUGUCGAGGGGGGCGGAGCCCCACCCUCCCUCCUUGGACUACCACGGGGCUGCAGGUUGCCACACGGUGGUGAGAUGGACGGCGCCCCGGCUGGUGCUGACGGGCGUGAUGGUGCUGCUGACCGGACCCUGAGGCCGCGCCGGCCGCUAGGGAGCACGCCCGUCCAGCCACGAGCGUGGAGCUGCGGCGCUGAAGCUAGUGUGUGGCCGUGUGCGCGUGCGAGUGGCGGGUGCGUUCCGAACUUUUUGCAGCGAACCUGCCGCUGCCCGCGCGCCAGGCGUCGUCCAAUCGCUUGUAUCUCCUGGCCCACGCCGGGGCAGUUUCUGAACACACCCUGUUUGACAGAGGCUUGCUCUUCCCUCGCAGGAAACCAAUGUUUUCAAAACCCCAACUUACAUGUUUCGUUGAUUUUUUUGUUGUAACCUGUAGGAAAAAUUCGGAGAAAAUGAUUUUUUAUUUUUUUAUUUUGUUCAGAACUGUAGAAUUUAUUUUCUUUGAUUCCUUAAAAAGCCGUAUGAUUAUCUUUUAAUUAACUCCAUGCUGAAGUAAUUGCAAAGGCGUUUAAUUAAUUAUAUGUGUAUUUUUAAUAGCUCUGCCUUCUUGAAAACUAUCCACUGUUUUGCUUGUUAAAUACUAUUAAUCGUGAUUCAGUAUUGUUUUUAAAUUGUUUUAAAACAAAAAAAAUUGCACUUUGCAAUGCAGAGUGAAAAUAAUUGCUAUGAGACACGAAAAUUGUAUGGAAGGUAAGUGUUCUUAGAAUGCUAAAGAUUAAAAAAAAACAUAAACAUAAACUUACAGUAACGUUUUCGUGCAUUUUCUCUUGCAAUGCGGUGCCAUUUUCGUUAAAAUGUGAUAUUGUGAAGAAAAAAAUGCUUAACUAUGCUUAAUGAUAUUUUGCAUUUAAAUUCCUUCCUUCAAUGAAGUUCUCUGAAAUAUAUUUAUUUAAAACUGUGGUUUUAGCUAACAAUUUUUAUUACCGUCCAAAAUUAACUAAGCUGAAUAUAAUUUGUCAGAUAAUAAUUUUGUACAUACACGCUGUUUAAAAAAAAAAAUCCACCUUCACGAAAACUUUUUAUUUUUUUUAUUUUUUUAGUUUUAUCUUAAAUAAGUUUUAAUGUUUUACGCCCACGAAUGAGAAUUGAAACUGUGUCUUCGGCAUGUUUCUACUGGCGAAUAGCAAUUUUACGGAGAGAAAAAAAAACUGAACAGUAUUAUUGUACAUACAAACAAAACUCGGUGAAAAUAGAAUCCAUUUUCGAAGUGCCAAAAUGUGAAACUGGGACAAGAGACAUCCGACGCAGCCCUCAGAGACUACGUUCAGCAUCAACUCUGCACUUAAUUAGCCAAUUCUCACUGCACGUCAGGCCUCGGCACCGGACACUUGUUGGCCUAAUAUUUGUAAAAUAAAUCAAUUAUAUUGUACAUUAAUUGAUCAUGUUGUGCAUUCAUAAAAAAUGUUUUUAUUUUUCAAGACAGUUAUAAAAAUGCCACUGCAGCACUUUUCCUAACAGUACCCUCCAAACAACUAAUUACUAUGUCUUGCUUAGAGGAAUGUUAAGAGACUUUGUCAAUAGUGUCACAACUAAAAGCUCAACUAAAAACUGCAUUUCAAAAAAAA